CAUGCAUCCGUCUUGCAAAACCCAUAAAAAUUGAAGCUUUGUACGUAUUUACCAAUUUGGGAGGACGGUGUUUGUAAUUGGCCUUCAGUUCGGUUGCCGUUCCAUUUCCACCUGUUGGCAUGCGGGGCAUUUUAGGAACUCCGCUAACUUGAAAUUGGGAGUGGUUAAGUUGAGAAAUUGGGGAAAAACUCUCGGUCGUAAUUGGGUGCGAGUGAACCAAAAUUCUCUCCAAGUAGUUUCACUUUUCUUCAAAAGCGAAGACGUCAUGGCUGAUUGAGGUGUAUGUAGUUUACUUGGGGCUUAACAAAAUCCAUGAUCCUAUUCUUACUACUAAUCACCACCUCCAGCUCCUCUCUAAUGUCUUUGCAAGGAAAGAAGAGGCAGAGAAAUCCAUGCUGUACAGCUACAAACGUAGCUUCUCAGGGUUUUCAGCAAUGCUUAAUUCAACCCAAGCCACCACCUUGGCUGAGAUGGAUGGAGUUAUAUCGGUGUUCAGGAGUAGAAUGGUGGAGUUGCACACGACUAGAAGCUGGGACUUCUUGGGGCUUAACUUGGCAAGUCAUAGUAGUGAAGCAAAUCCAUUGCAACUAGCCUAUGGUCAUGACGUAAUUGUUGCAGUCCUUGAUUCAGGUAUUUGGCCGGAAUCUUACAGCUUUCGGGAAGAGCCUGGCACGGGGCCUAUCCCAAAAUCAUGGAAGGGACAAUGUGUUUCCGGAGAUAAGUUUGAUCCAAAAAGAGCAUGCAACCGGAAGCUAAUCGGCGCUAAAUACUAUUGCAAAGGCUUUGAGCGAAAAUUCGGGUCUCUAAGCAAAUCAGAAUACCGCUCGGCUCGCGAUUUCAAUGGCCACGGGACCCACACAGCGUCGACUGCCGUUGGAUCAUCAGUUAAAAAUGCAAGCUUCUUCGGCAUUGCGCAAGGCACUGCGAGGGGUGGGGCCCCAAGGGCCCGACUAGCCGUGUACAAAGUUUGUUGGAGUGUAGGAAUGGAUACAAAAUGCACUGAAGCUGAUAUAAUAGCAGCAUUUGAUGAUGCGUUGGGCGAUGGAGUCAACGUGAUAUCAGCUUCUUUUGGGUUGCCAGCGCCAUUUAAGCCCUUCUUUCUUUCUAGUGCUGAUAUUGGUUCGUUUCAUGCUAUGCAGCAGGGUGUUAGUGUAGUGUUUUCUGGGGGAAAUGACGGACCAGAUCCCUCUCUGGUCGGCAAUGUUGCGCCGUGGAGCAUUUGCGUGGCUGCUUCAUCUAUUGAUCGAACAUUUCCAACCCGGAUAUUGGUGGAUCGUAACCUCUCAUUCGUGGGACAAAGCUUCGUUGUCAAACCAAUUAAUGCCGAAUUGGUGUAUGCAAUCGAUUAUUUUGCUGAUGGAGCAUGCAUGUGUAGGGUAUGCAGGGGACGGAAUUGGAAUAAAAAAACAGCAAGGGGUAAGGUGAUCUUGUGUUUCUCCACCGUUGGAUCAGUGUUCGUGGAUGAGGCUGAAUUAGCCGCAUUCAAUGCCAGCGCCUCAGCCCUGAUCUUUGUGGAGCCUGUAAACAGGCAGGUUCCCGAGGUGGACAUCAUCCCCACCAUUCUUGUCGACAUCAUUCAAGGGACCAGGAUGUAUCACUAUCUAGGUCUGUCUCCCAAAGGGAAGGUAGUUGUUGUGCAGAUAUCACCAAGUAUGACUGUUAUCAAGAAGUCACCGGCACCUGCUGUUGCAAUGUUUUCUUCCAGGGGUCCCAGCUCCCUUGCACCAGAUAUUCUCAAGCCAGACAUAACUGCUCCAGGGAUCAACAUAUUAGCAGCAUGGCCUUGUAAGACCCCACCAACUACUUUGUUACCAAACGAUCCCCGGUCCGUGAACUGGAAUUUCCAGUCGGGAACGUCCAUGUCAUGCCCUCAUGUAUCAGGAGUAGUUGCCCUCCUCAAAUCAGCACACCCUGACUGGUCUCCUGCUGCCAUCAGAUCUGCUCUCAUGACUACAGCUUACACUAGCGACACGACACAGGACAGUAUCUUAUAUGGGGGAAUAGCGAAACCUGCCGAUCCAUUUGACAUUGGUGCUGGCCACAUCGAUCCCGUCAGAGCAAUGGAUCCAGGGCUAGUCUACGACUUGAAAACAACGGAUUACAUUCUCUUCCUCUGCAACAUUGGCUACACUAUCAGCCAAAUAAAGCGAAUUGUGGAAAUCUCUCCCGGCACUAUCAUCAGUUGUCCGAAAUCAUUCCCCCUAACCAACUCGAAUUUGAAUUACCCCUCCAUAACAGUUUCAAAUCUCCAAUCAACGAUGACCCUCAAGAGGACAGUCCGUAACGUCGGGAGGAAGAAAACAGCCAUUUAUUUCGCAAGCAUCGUGGAGCCUAAUGGAGUGGAAGUAAAGGUAUGGCCAAGGGUGUUGAUCUUUUCAUGCUUUUGGGAAGAAAUGUCAUACUAUGUGACUCUGAAACCAGAGAAGCACUCACAAGGGAGGUAUGAUUUUGGUGAGAUAAUUUGGUCUGAUGGGUUUCAUUCUGUUAGGAGUCCACUGGUUGUGCUUGUCAACACUUCAACCAAUAGGUCCAAUACUACGGCUGCUGCUGCUGAGGAGUAGAGCCUCUUGAUUUGUUUUUAUUUUUUUUAUUUUUUUGCUCCAUUGAAUAAUGUAGCCGACCCCAAGUGAUUGGGACGUAAAGCUCGGUUUUGUUGGUUCCAUUGAAUAAUGUAUGUGGGCAAUUUUGGCCCCUGUUUGUUGUCAUGUCUUGAUCGAGAUGUGAGGUAUGUGUGUUUAUGUUUAUUGCUGUUUGCAAUAAUGACAAUAAAGUAUAGUCUUCUGUUUGUAAACAAAUUCUUCUUAUAGAAAAUUGUGUUGAUUGGA